CUCUGGAGCCGGCGAGCGCUGGUCGGGGGACCGCCGGAGGAGGGAUGUGCAGAGGGAUGGGAAUCGAGUGAAGGAGACGGAGGAGGAGGAGCGGGUGCUCAGUCUCCGGCCUGGGCGUGACUGAUGGCUUCCUGCUCGGAGAUCUGUGGGUCGGGCCACGCUGGGCAGAGCCAGGGCGUCGUCCGCUGCGGAUACCCGCGCUACGGCGUGCGCUCAUACCUGCACCAGUUCUACGAGGAGUGCACCGCCUCGAUCUGGGAGCGCGAUGAGGAUUUUCAGAUAACGAGAUCGCCAAGCCGGUGGAGCUCUGUCUUCUGGAAGGUCUCUCUAGCGUUCGGGACCCUGAUUCUGACAACGGGCCUCGUCCUCCUGACUGCCGGAUACACCAUCCCCUCCAAGAUGGAGACCUUUGGCGACGGUGACCUGUUCUUCGUGGACAGCAGCGCUGCACGAUUCAACCAUGGCCUGCGGGUCAGCCAGCUGGUGGGGGCUGCGCUGUUCUGCGCCGGGGGGGCGCUGCUGUCAGGGGGCCUCGUCCUGUUCACCUUCACCAGGAGCUACUCCCAGGAGGAGAAGUAUCUGCAGAGCAAGUUCAAGAUGAGGAUUGCGGAGACGCAGCCUACUGCACAGCCGGUCACGAGAGCGCCCCCUCCUGGACAGGGCAGAAUUCCAGUUACGCUGUCCAAGGUGCAAAACGUUCAGCCGCCGUCUUGAGCAACCCGCAUAGAUGUCAUCCGUCCCCUUCAAGGUCAGCUUACAUGGUUAAAUUCGGGAAAAACAUACAGAAUCCAUAUAACCUCCUAUAAGACAGAUAGACCCUCAGUAACCUGAAGCCAUUACAACAGUAAUCAAACUUCUUCCAUUUUAGGCAGAAACCCUGAAAGUACCACAGCUGCCUGACCACACACCACAUCAACGGCACUUAAAUUGGUCAUAAAAUGUUUUUUCAGCAAGACAUCAUCUCAUAUUGCACAGGCACAUCAUACAGGAAAGACACUCCAACUUAAAUAUCUGAAUUCAUAUAUAUAAGUGAUAUGAACCCCCCCCCCCUUCCAAGUUGCAUAUGGGACCUCCUAACUGCAGAGUAGCUUCCCAAACCUUCUAUAAGAAUGAAACACUUUCAGGUUUAACGUUGAUUUACCUGGGGACGUAGCCUAGAGGUGCUGAACGUCUAGUACGGUAUGUAGAGUGAGACUAACCUCUGUUUCAAGCUACUUCCUGUCAGGUGGCAGAUAUCAGGGCUCAUGACCCCCUGCCGUUCCUAAAGGAACCACCAGACAUUCGGAAAUACCAGCAGACCCAAGCCAAGUCAGACAGUGACAAAUCCCCACAAGUAAAUUGAUGCUGAUUAAUUAGCCACGGAAACCUGAUUAAAUCGGACAUGUAGAAGUGUCUAGAUUGCCUGGGACCACGUGAAAAACAUAAACACCCAGGUUUUAACUAUACAUAAAAAAUCUUUCCUAAAGUUUUUUCUCUCAUUUACCAGUAAACAGUGGCUUCAUUAACUUGCUGACUCUGCUUGGCUCUUAAUUGCAAUGCAACCAUGUAUAGCUGACUUGUUCGUGGUCCUCAUAUAUUUUUGUAGUUCUCUAUAGGCUGUGAUGGUACUAGAAUUGACAAUGUUGAUUUUCCAUGCCAAAUGUAAGUUUACAGAAUAUUUAUUAAUGGAUAUACAGGGAAAUCCCCAGGUAUAAUGUUUAUUUAAAAACAGAACAUAUUUAGAUAUUAAAUUUUAUUCAUUUAAUUAAAUUGUUUACUAAUGGUGACUAGCCAACCUUUUUUUGGGUGCAAGAUGUUCUAAAAUUAAAAAAAUAUACUGUGUCACUGUGCAAAUGAAGAUGUGUGUGUUGUUAAUGGUGAAAAGUUUAAUGUAUUAGUUUAGUUAAUUUCUCAUUUCCUGGAGAACGUUUUGAUGGGCUGUAAUGGCGUGCGUGGUGUACAGAGGUCAGUCGUAUGGGAUCUCAAGGACAUCUGCCGGAUAUCUUGGUGGACGCUCAGAAUUCAAGACUCAUGGACAAAAAUUAUUUUUCGAAGUUAUUCAAUGAAAUUAAAACCGUUGUCUGUAAACUGUAACCAAAGCGUCUAUAUUAAAAGCAAAUGAACUGACAGUAA